AUGAGACUAUCAAUUCUCCUUUCGGAGCUUCUCUUGCUAAGCUCUGGCGCGAUGGCAGCGUGGUGCACCUCAUACGGCAUCUCGACAGGACUUAGUUGCGCCAGUGGAAGGUUCCAAUACUGCUGUGACGGCCCUGGGAGCCCUAUCAACGACUUCAAAAUUUUCCGCGGUACCUGUAGCCGACCGGGUGGUAACGAGCGCAAUUGUGGCGAUGGAGGAUAUGUCUCAUGCUGCGUCUGA